AUAUAUUUAUUUGAUAAAUUCCCUUACAUUGCAGAGAAAUAGAACAGAGAACUCAUCAUCUACCGAUAAACUUCUGAAAGAGAACAAACAAUUGAAGAGAACCAUAGCAACCUUGAAGAGAGAAAAGCUGAAUAGUAAAGCAAAAAUUGAAAGCAAGUCCAAAAAGUUCUCCAACGAUCUCAGUAAAAUGCAUAAAUUCCAGUGCACUCUUCAGCAAGAAUUGAACAGGUUGAAAGAAGAAAAUGAAAAAUAUAAAACUGAGCUUCUUUGUUACAAAAAACUCAAGAAACAUUACCUAGACUUGGAGACAAAUAUCCUUGAGCUCAGAAGACAGGCUCACAGAUUCACGAAAUAUGAGAAACUUUCUGUAGAAAACAUUAAAACCAUGAAAGCAGACAUCAACACUAAAUCAAAUGAAACCAAAGCUCUUAAAAAUAGAAUACUUGCAGCUGUAAAAAGACUCUCUCAGUUGAAAGCAAAAUUUAUUAAUUUAGUAAAUGCCAAUAAGGUUCACUCACUUAAGGCGGCUCAGUAUAUCAAUCUGCAGAAAAGGUUAACGUCUAGUAUGAAUUUGAAUAAAGUCUACAAAGUACACUUGCAAACAUGUAAAACAGAUUUUGAAAAGCAAAUUAAAGAAAAACAACAACAGCUUCAUAUCGCAAAUGCAGAAUUAGAUUCUUUGAGAGAAAUUAAUAAAAAAAAAGAUGUCACAUGCCUUGCUUUAAAAAAUAAAUUGAAAUUUUCAAUGGAGCAGCAGAAGAAGAAAAUUGAAGAAUGUAAUGAUGCAGUUGCUUCAACUAGAGAAAAAAUGAUGAAAAACAAUGAACUCUUGACUCUGAAACAUGCAGAAAAUAUCGGUCUGAAAAAGAAAAUCAUUAAACUGGAGAAAGAAUUAUCACAUCUAAAAAAUAAGGGGUGUGAUUACUGUGGACUCUGAUGUAUCAUGGGAAAAUGGAGAAAGUGAUUAAUUGUGAUAGAAACAUUGAAGUGUAUUAUUUGUUUUAUCCGAGAUAAUAUUUUCAUCUAAGAUGAGUAUUGAAAACCUGUGUUGAUAAGGUAGUGUACUCAAUAUUAUUUUAAUUUAUUGACUGAAACACUUUUCAUUUUAAUUUCAUUACAACAAAUACAUUUUUUGACUGAUAAGGAUUUUUCU